CGUUUCUUCUCUAUGGUUAUCUCCGGCGUUCCACCGUAGCGGCUUGUUGUAGCUGUGAGUUACAGGCGGGAAGGUGGUUUCUCCCUUGGGAACGAAGUACGUUCUUCCCUGUGGGAGUAAGGGGAGUAGGUCCAGCUGGCAUGCUUACAGACUGAUAUUUGUCCUUUAUGGGCUCUGUGAGAGCGGCUAUUCGAGUCCGAGACGGAGCAGAAGACUUGGCUCAAGGGCUACUUCGCGAUCUCCUCACCGCGAUCGAAAAUGCUAUAGUUUACUCAGAAAUAAACUCCAUAGAAUUCUGCAAGAUUUACUAAGUUAUAACUGCAAGAAAGAACCCAGCUCAAAUUUAAUCUCCCCCCAGGACUUCGCUAAAUAGUUGUAGGAAACCAGUGUAGUGCAAGAGGGAUAGUAACUUGACUGAUAGAUUUAGCUAUGGCUCUUCCGGAAUUGUAACAAGAUAGGUAUCUAAAGCAGUAAGUUCUCUCAGCUAUACUAAUGUAAAUGUUAAUUAUCCAUAUUUUUAAACAAAACUAACUUUUGUUUGCUCAAAUGUUUUGAUGUGUUCAGACCUAUUGUCUUACUUAUGGGCAAUUUAUGUUUUUAAUUUGAAUCUUAGCCUAACAUUCAGCUACAGGAAAAUGAAUGAUGUAUGACACAGUAUAGGAUCUUGUAUAUGAAUAAUUUUUCCCCUGAAAAUUAUCUCAAGUAUCUGUUCUCUGAAUAUCAUUAUUGCUAUUUUUCCUUUUUGUUAUGCAAAAUGUUGGAUACAGAAUACAGGAAAAUAUCUUCCCAUUGGCUAUAAGAAUAGUCUUAAUGAACUACUAAUUUCUUAAAGCAAUGGCAUCUUUUUUUCAGACUCACAUGGAUGCUUGAAAAUGAUUGGUCUCUUGAACAGAAGAGAAAUGCUGUGCUCAUAGAAAGUCCUAGUUUCACAGGAUUGAAUUAAAAUACCUGACAUUUGGGUAAACUAAUGGUUAAUGCAACACUUCUCUAAAGAUUUACUUUUCUGUUUCUCCCCACCCCCCAAGGAAUACAGUUUUUAAUCAUUUGGAAGAAGAAUGCCUUAGAAAGCAGACAAUGUCAAUUGUAUGUUAUCUGCCAGCUGGCUGGAUGCUAGAUCACCUCUCUUUCAUAAAUAAAUCUGGGUACAAUUUUUGCCAUUCUCUUGAGCAGUCAGCUCAGGAUUGUUUUGACAAUAUUGUUAUUCCUGCUUCCUCAGAUACAAAUCUGAUUCACAUAAAAUCAUGUACAAAAAAAUUUAUUCCUGAAUUUAGAAACUCAGGAGAAAAAUCUAAUCAGAUGGUAAAGAGGACAUACUUAUUUCGAGAAGAUUUUUUUAAUGUACUUAAGCCCCAUAUUCCUGCAAGCUUCCAGACGGAAAAGCAUAGUGGGACUAGUCUAGAAACUAGUAAAUGUGAACAGCAGAAAAAUGACGACAACAAAUCUGUUAUUACAGUUAAAGUUAAAAAGAAACGGAAAAGAAGCAGUGAACUUAAUCAUGGUGAAAGUGAUAUCUUAGAUUAUCAUUUAAAGAUCAGUGGCAUAAUUCUGGAUGGGAGUAGAUGGUUAAUCCAGGAGGCACGCAGAAAUGGUUUCCUUCAGCCUAAUCCUACAGACCAGUUUUAUGUCAAGACAUCUGACAGAGGACACAAUAAUUGCAGUUUGGCUGAGCUAUGCGAGAUGGCCAAGUGUUUCGUUCCUAUGAAAGAAAAAGAACAAAAAUGUGUAAUAGACAAGGAAACCUCUGACCCAGAACAAGUUCAAUUAAUCUGUGUUACUGAAAAUAAUACAAACAAUGCAAAGAUGUUAACAUUAAUGGGACAGAACUACUUAUUUCCCCCCAGAAGUUCAUUUCUUUUAUCAGAUUUUUCAUGUAUGCAGCCACUUUUGAAUUAUAAAAAGAAGUAUGGCAUAAUUGUUAUAGACCCACCAUGGGAGAACAAGUCUGUUAAAAGAAGCAAUCGGUAUGGUUUCUUGUCUCACUGGCAAAUCAAAGAAAUUCCUGUUCCAGCAUUGGCAGCUCCAAAUUGUCUUGUGGUCACAUGGGUGACCAACAGACAGAAGCAUUUACAAUUUGUAAAGAAUGAACUUUAUCCUCACUGGUCUAUAUAUGGUGUUGUUGAAUGGUUUUGGGUAAAAAUUACAAAGUCUGGGGAAUUUGUGAUUCCAUUAGAUUCUCUUCACAAAAAGCCAUAUGAAAUUCUUGUACUGGGUAGAGUCCAGGGAAAUACAGAUGUACCAUUAAGGCUUUCAGAAGAUGAAAAGUUUUCUGCAAUUCCUGAUCAGAAAUUAAUUGUUAGUGUACCUUGUACUCUUCAUUCACAUAAGCCUCCUCUUUCAGAGAUUUUGAAAGAAUAUACUAAACCAGAUGUAGAAUGCUUGGAGUUGUUUGCUCGGAAUUUGCAACCUGGAUGGACCAGUUGGGGCAAUGAAGUCCUUAAAUUCCAGCACUUGGACUACUUUACUGUUUUACAGGAUAAUGAUGACUAGCAAACCAUAAUUAUUUUUGACGGAUAUUUAUUUCUCAGUUCUGAAUUUCACCUUUGCUAACCCUAACUCUACAGAUAUAGUGUAAAUGGUUUUCAAGAGCAGCUCUACAUUGCUCAAAUGUCAAAAAAUAACAAGGAUGGAACUUGUUAUUCCAUGCUUAGGUUGUGGAGGUCUUUGCUACAAUAAUUAGAGGUGAAGGUACCACUGUCUGAUAUCUACAGUAGAACCCCUCUUGGAACAGCCAAUCCAAUGCCUCAAAGCUGUCAGUCAAUGUGGUGUUUUGCCUCCUAUUCCCAUAAUCCUCCCAGAAAGUUCUGGAUCAUACCUGCACAUCCAGCCUCUGGCUCUUUGAAAGAUUGGCUGCCAUUGUGGAAAAACUAUUUUAUUUAAAUGUUACACAUUGCUUAUUUAUAACUUCUAGUUCUGUCAUUAGAAGUUUUACAUUUUUAUGUUUUGAUGCUGCACAUUCCUAUUUGACAAAAGGGUUAAACUUUAACUACAUAAUGUUUAGCAUUUUGUGGCUUAGAAAUAAUGGCUUUAGAAGUGUAAUUAAAGCUUCUCAUAAUAUCCCAUUGAAAACGAUAUUUUGAGAUGUUUCGUUAAUUAGUUAUGCAGGGUUUUGGUCAGGAUUAAUUUCAGUUGGAUUCGGUCCCAUGUCUAUGCUAAAGUUAGUUCUUUUCCUCUCAAUUCUUCAAUACAAUUUUAGUAAAUAUGUGCUUUUUAAUAUUAGAUCUUAAAAAUAUGUUUCAUACUGUGGUUAUUACAAUAAUUAAAUUAUAUUUUUCAGCAGUAACUGUAGGAGUUCUUUUCUCAUCUGCAUGUUUAUAUGUGCAAGAGUGAAGAAAAAAAUUAACCGGUAUUUAAAAGAAAGGAAAAUAAAUUUAUGUUUAUAAAAUAAAUGUUUUUUGUUUUGAGACCAACAAAGCUAAAACAAUAA